GAUUAGUGGUCUAAGGACCUGGUGGUAGCAUUAAAAUGAUUUUUUGCUUCUGACAGGAGUCAUUUUUUGGAAGCUGGAAGACAACCAGAGUUGGGAUGGCGUUACUGAAGGCAGUAAGACACCUGAUUCUUCUUCUGGUGAUAUACUACAGUGUGGCGGAUCACAGACACAGAGAGGCUUUGGAUCUAUUCUAUGAGGUAGCAUCAGAAUCAUCAGACAUUCAUGCCAGAGAAAAAAGACAGGUCCCCCCAGCUCCCUUACUUUCCACUGAUUAUGUACUCCAAGUUGACAUCAAUGCCUCCAACCUGGCACUUCUCAAAAAGGUUUUGAGUGAACUUCCUUCCGAGAUCACCUUGGCAAACAACACUGUAAUUACCAGCAUCAACACCACAACAGUGUGUUCCCCAAAUGGAUCUGCAUACCAGUGCAGAUGUGAGGAGAACUAUGCUUGGUCGUUUAGGACCUGCAGUACCGUAAACACCUGUGAUGCAGUCAUUGAUAAUACCUGUGGAUGCAUUAAUUCCCUUCCGCCUGAUGGCCGGUACUGUGAGCUAAACACCAGUCAAACAGGUCCAGUGGACGUUGAGUUGGUCGUGGAAUUGCGCAUCCCAGUCUCCAGUGUGCCAUCAAAUUUCAUUGAUAUAUUCAGGCAAAGACUGGCAAUCUUACCGUUGCCCCUCGCCACUGGAUCUUUAACUAUACGAAACAUAACUUUCACCACAGGGUGCUAUCCAAACUCCACUGGAGGACUGCAGUGUCAGUGUGAGAACCAGUUUGCUUGGUCAUGUGACAAGUGUACCAGCUACGGUGCGUGCGGUAAUGCUACCAGUCAAAGCUGUGUGUGCAUUAAUGGACUUCCUGAUGGACAGUUCUGUGAACCAAUCACAAAUGUCACUCCAUGUAGAAACCCGACUGAGCCACCAACGACACCAACCCCAAAUGUGACGACACCAACACCAAACACAACAGCGGAGUAAUGAGUUGGUGCUGGAAUUGCGCAUCCAGUCUCCAGGUGCCAUCAAAUUUCAUUGAUAUAUUCAGGGCAAAGACUGGCAAUUACCGUUGCC